GAGGGCGUGCACGCGUGCGUGUGUGUGAGAGGGCGAGACAGAGACAGGGAGAACGACGAUGAGAAAAAUAGUUGUAUUUAGUGUUUUGCAUGGGUGAAAUACUAAGUGGCGUCCAUGAAGACAGCACGUAAGAACUAGUCGCGAAUUCUGAAAGACUGUGUUAGAAUGGCAGGGGUUUUAUUACGCCUAUGCGUAAUUAUCAAUAGCUUCUGAUUUCUGUAAGCUCUGCUGUAAAUAUACAAAAUCUAGGCAUUUUUUAUUUUAUCUUCUGUUCUACUAGCAUUACCAUUUUCACAUGGUCCGUUGACAUCGUUUGCUGCUUCCCAUACAGAUGAGAUCUGAGGACUCACGCACUCCUUGACGUCGUUGGCUGGCUGCGGCUCCGCGCUCCAGCUCAGCACGUAUUGCGCAACGUGACUGAUCAUCCCUCAACCAAUCCAUCCCCUAAAACUGUGUGGAGGAAAGGGAAAAAGACACACACAUCCACAGAUUCACCUCCUACUCUCCUUUCUCUUCGAGGUACUAAGGGGGAGCUUACACGAAACCAGGUGCACGGUCUGUUUCUGUUAGUGGACCCGUCCUUAUCCGCCGGAGAUGACUCGUCUGGGCACCCAGGAUGCAGCUGUGGCGUGUCUGUGAGCACAUCGCAUCCUCUCGCAUCUGAAUCGUGGAACUCCCUCGUUUUUCUUGACUCUCGGGUCGCUCUGAAUAUUUUGGGGAAAAGAGGGCAAAGUCAACCUGCGAUGUAUGACGAUUCAACGGAUGUCCAGACGGACUACGGCUUGCAGGAUGUGUUUUGUCUCAGUAUAGCAAUGGGAGCUUCUAGAAUUGGAGAAGAGGGUUGCCAGUGGAUAUUGCAAGUCAAGUCUGCAAUCAAGCGUAUUUGUAUAAUUAUUCACUAGGGAGCUUCUUCUGUUACUUUUAACGCGUCAGAACCGAAGAGGUCCUCAUUUUUUGGACUCGGAUUUAUAGGUCCAUGCACUGCCCACUCAAUUUCUAAUCGGUUUUUUAGUCGUAGAAUAUUCCUUUCCUCCAUCACUGUGAAUCCAUUGCUUGUGUGUACACCUGCUUUUCCAGACCAAUUCUUCAAACCCCGUUUAAAGAACAGUUCAAAUUCCUCUAACCGAAAUGAAAAAUACAGCUGGUAAUUUGUCAAUUUAAAUUUGAAAUCGAUGUUUUUUAUUUUAAACUCUGAAUUCAGGACCUUGAUUUAUCAUCGAGGGCACGGUGUGAUUUUAGCCGUGAUUCGAGUUCUGUCGUACAGUGUCUUGCAUCAGGAAGAACCCGUCACCGUCGAGCUGGAUAGGUUGACAUCCACGGAAAGAUGGAUUUAGUUUUCGGUCUCUUGUGGCUGCUCACUGUGUUUCUGGAAGGCGUUUAUUGCCAAGGAGUAUAUGCUUCCCCUACUGUCCGAAUUGUGCACUCUGGCCACGCAUGCAACAUCGAGGAGGAGCGGUACACGGAGAGGGUGUACACCAUCCGAGAAGGGGAGACUUUGGAGCUAACCUGCCUGGUCACUGGCCACCCUCGACCGCAGAUCCGGUGGACCAAGACGGCAGGGAGCGCCUCGGACCGAUUCCAGGACUCCAGCGUCUUCAACGAGACCCUGCGCAUAACCAACAUCCAGCGUCACCAGGGGGGGCGCUAUUACUGCAAGGCGGAGAACGGCCUGGGCUCGCCGGCCAUCAAAUCCAUCCGCGUGGACGUAUACUACCUAGACGAUCCUAUUGUGACAGUGCACCAGAGCAUAGGAGAGGCUAAGGAGCAGUUCUACUACGAGAGGACAGUCUUCCUGCGCUGUGUGGCCAACUCCAACCCCCCAGUCCGCUACAGCUGGCGGCGUGGGCGUGAGGUCCUCUCCCAGGGCUCCGACAAGGGCGUGGAGAUUUAUGAGCCUUUCUUCACACAGGGGGAGACCAAGAUCUUAAAACUGAAGAACCUUCGACCUCAGGACUAUGCCAACUACAGCUGCAUUGCCUCAGUCCGGAAUGUUUGCGGCAUCCCAGACAAGAACAUCCUCUUUAGGCUCACCAACAAAACAGCAUCGCCUACCAUCAAGCUCCUGGGGGAUGACCCUGUCGUGGUAAACCCAGGCCAGACGGUGACUCUGGUGUGCAUUGCGUCCGACCGGGAGCCAACGCCCACCCUCACGUGGGUGCGGAACACGGAAACGCUACCGGAGAAGAGCGUCCUGAACGGAGGCACCCUCACCCUGCCCGCGGUCACCUCAGAGGAUGCAGGGGUCUACAGCUGUGUGGCCAAUAACAAUGUGGGAAACCCUGCCAAAAAGUCUACCACUGUGGUGGUCAGAGCACUAAAGAAGGGCAGAUUCUGGAUCACCCCAGACCCCUACCACAAUGACGACAACAUCCAAAUUGGACGGGAGGUGAAGAUCUCCUGCCAGGUAGAGGCCACGCCCCCUGAGGAGCUGAUGUUCAGUUGGCUGAAGAACGGGCGAGCGCUUCGCAGCUCGGAGCGCAUGGUCAUCACGCAGACCGACCCCGAUGUCUCCCCGGGCACCACCAACUUGGACAUCAUUGAUCUCAAGUUCACCGACUUCGGCACCUACACCUGCAUGGCCUCGCUCAAGGGUGGGGGAAUCCCAGAGAUCAGCAUUGAUGUCAACAUCUCCUCCACUACUGUCCCCCCCCUGUUUUUCUCUUCCUUAGUUCCCCCGAACCUGACAGUUCCACGUGGGAAGUCACCCCUGGUGACCCAGGAGGGCGAUACGGUGGAGCUUCAGUGCCUUGUUUCAGGGAAGCCCAAGCCCAUCAUCCUGUGGUCUCGGGCCGACAAAGAGGCCCCUAUGCCGGAUGGGAACAUGCAGACGGAGAGCUAUGACGGCAUCCUGCGCAUCGUCAACGUCUCCAGGGAGAUGACCGGAUCCUACCGCUGCCAGACCAGUCAGUACAACGGCUUCAACGUCAAGCCCCGGGAGGCCAUUGUGGAGCUCAUAGUGCAGUAUCCACCCACAGUGGAGCCAGUGUUUACGGAAAUUCGACAGGGCCUAGCCCGCACCUUUCCCAUGAGCUGCAGGGUGCUGCGAGCCCACCCGUCUCGCGUUCUCAAGUAUGAGUGGCGGCUGGGCUCAAGGCUGCUAAACGCGGGGCAGUUUGACUCACAAGAUGAGACGGAGUACAGUGUGAGGAGCCUGAGCCGGGAGGGCUAUGGGGAGUACAGCUGUGACAUCAUCAACGAGGCCGGAGCAGGUCGCUGCAGCUUCCUUGUUACAGGAAAGGCCUACCCUCCGGAGUUCUACUAUGACACGUACAGCCCGCUGUGGCAAAACCGGCCCCGCGUCUACGCCUUCAAGCUGCAGUGGACCCAGAUGAACCCCAACGCGGUGGACCGCAUCAUGGCAUAUCGCCUGGGGAUCCGGCAGACAGGGCAACAAAGAUGGUGGGAGCAGGAGAUCCCGAUUGAGGGCAUGAUCCAGAAGGGAGAGCUCAUCACAUAUAAUCUGACCGAGCUUAUCAAGCCAGAAGCGUAUGAGGUUCGCCUCACCCCCAUCACCCGUUUCGGAGAGGGGGACUCUACCAUUAGGAUCGUCAAGUACAGCGGGGUCAGAAGAGGUGAAGAGAUACUGAUGGGUGCCCACGUUAGAUCUGGAGGCACUUCUCCAAUCAACCCACACCUCAGAGAGUUUCACUGCAGCUUCGAGGAAGAGCCCAUCUGCAUGUUCACCCAAGAGAAGAGCGACGACUUUGACUGGACCCGCCACAGCGCCGCCACCCGAGACACCAAGUACACCCCCAACACCGGGCCCAGCAGCGACCGCAGCGGGUCCAAACAAGGUUUCUACAUGUACAUCGAGACCUCGAGACCGCGAAUGGAGGGAGACAAAGCCCGUCUGUUGAGCCCUACCUUUAACAUCGCCCCCAAAAACCCGUACGGGACCACCAACUCUGCCUACUGCUUCAGCUUCUACUAUCACAUGUACGGGAAACACAUAGGCACACUGAAUGCCUAUUUGCGAUUGAAGGCUCAGACCAUGACCGAGAGCCCUAUAUGGACACUGAGUGGAAAUCAAGGUGACCGCUGGAAGCAAGCCAAAGUGAACAUUCACCCGACAGCAGCUUUUCAGAUGGUAUUGGAAGGUGUCCGUGGCCCUGGGAUUGAAGGGGACAUUGCCAUAGAUGAUGUGACUAUUGAGGAGGGAGAGUGUGGAGAUCCUCCACCUAAUCUGAGGUCCUCAGCCCCUUCCAAUGCACCCCCUAUAUGUCAUUUAUGUGUGACCCUGCUCCUGGCUCUUUUCGUCAAUCGGAGGUGACCUUGCAGUGGCAGAGGCUAUAAACAUAUUGACCUGGCUCUUGCACCAAGAAGGAGUCUGUGUACCUGGACCUUCAAUAUAUAAUUACCAAAGAUUCAUCCAGUCAAAAUAUGGAGAGAAAGAGCAGCACACCUGGGGCUCAAUUGGGAGCAGAAAAAAGAAAUACAGAAACAAAUAAAAACAAUGGGAAAAAACAAUACAAAACAGAAUAAAGAUAAUGAAGAUUCUAUUAUUUUUAAAUAAAUAUAUGCAUAGAAUGCUCCCAAGGGCAGGAUGGAAUAUUGUUUAUUUGCUCUUUAUUGACAGCCUUGUUUCGGGUGCAAAUCAGGCAACCCUGUGACAGAGACAGGCUUGGGGAACGGAAAGGGAGAAUCUUUGUAAAGCACAAGGACAUUGCUGAGGUUUGUUCCAUAAAGUCGGUCUGUAUUCUGUGGAUUUGUUUUUCAAUUUAGAACAUUUUUUUUGGCCAAGGAUUUAUGUCUGUGCGAAAGGAAGUGAAGUAGAAAAAAAAUACAAUAGCUUACCUGGCUGACUGAUUGAAGAAGGUUUAUAAAGCCCCUCAACCUUCAUGAAGGCAUGAUUAACCCAGGCAAGCACUUUUGCCUUUGGCUGUUAGUUCUCCACCAGUAACCUUCAUAAUCUCCAAGCUUAUCAAGCGUUUUUUUUUUCUUCCUUUACUUGCAACAGAUAACAAUAUCUUGCUUUCCUGCGAAAAAAAACAGUAACCUGAGUUUUCUGUUCAGUAUGCCCCCUUAAAAGUGGGAGUUAAAAUCCUCAUAUCUAUGUUUCAGCCCUGCAUGACUUUCUGAUUGUUGUUCCAGUACACUGUGCCCACAUAUCAUUGUGGCAGCCUGGGAGAGAGUUGCUUGUGAGGUAUGAAAAGGCGGUUACGCUCUUCUACGUCCCAUUUCAGCAGCUUGUCAACCCAAGGAAUGGGAGCCACUUUCUGCCAUGAAACCAAGUGCCUUCAGAUUUAAAAUAAAACUACAUCCCUGAAGUUCAAACAAAAACAAGUUCAAUGAUGUUUCCGGUGCCAAUGCUGGGCUAUUUUCUACACAAUCCUGGCCCACAGGCAUGGUUUAUAGGCAAGUAAUAAUACUGGAAUUAAUGAAAAAUGUUGCAUCAAGUACUAGAUGAUGCUUGUGGACCCGGCUUCUGAAGUGAGCAAAACAAAGCCCAACUAUGGCCAUCUUGGUUCUGAUAUAGGCAGUUACCUCCCUCAGCAGCCAUGGCCUUUUAGCAUGCAACAGACACCAUCCCCACCUUCAAACAGAAUGGAGUAAAAAGGAGACUGAUGGCAGAACAUUCACGCAGUUACCAAACAGGAGAACUAGGAACACUGGCAUUGGACCUGUGGUAUACUGGGAUGAAAAGCAAGCAGGAGGGUAAUCCUGGCUCAUCAACAGCCCCAGCGAUUCAAGAGUAAGCCCCUAAUCCAAACCAAGAGGUCCCUAGGCAUGCAAAGACAUUCCUCUGACAUACAGGGACUACAGUGCUAAGAGAGCCUCAGCAUCACAAUCUUCAUGGACAGGGUUACGCUGAAAACUGGCAACCCACUGGAUGAAAUAUAGGUUUCCUGCCUCUGCUCUGUGUUUCCAGCUGUGUGGAUUCUGAUUUAAAAAAAAACAAAUAUUUUAUUAUUCUACCGAGUGUAGCUCUGCUUUUACACAAACUGUAAAGAAUGACUUUGGAACUACCUGAGAUCAUUGGAUACCUUAACCAGCUGGUUUUUGAAAAUGUAUUGUAAAAUCUCCCUUACAUUGUUGGUUAUGAUGAUAUCUAAAGACUUCUUUCAUUUUUCUCCUUUCUCCAUCCUUUUUUUUUGCCUAAAAGAUCUGACCUUUUAACAUCAUGUAACAGACAUCCCUUUUCUUGUUUUUGGUUUCUUUCUGGAAUAUCGCCCUUUCCUUUCUUUGUUCCCUCACAUUACAAAAAUAUCAAAAAGAGCAGAAGAUGAUAUGCAAAUAAAUUAGGUAAAUAAAAUAUUUAAAUGGAAAGCUCCAUUAGAUAACAUUUGUGAGUAUUCAUACAAAAAGCACAAGAUGUAAUAAUAAAGAUACAAAACCAAGGCUUCUUUUUUUCUUUUCUUUUUUGCUUUAAUCUGUAGAUUUUACACCCAAUUUUUUAAAAACUACAUCCUUGCAACUUAUGACAUAAACCAGAAAAAAAGAUUUUACAUCUGUGUUCAAUAAAGCUCUUUUUUCGGGUAAGAUGUGA